AUAAGGUAAAUAAGGGAAUGAUACCGUUUGAGGAAAGAUCCAUAAUUGCCGGCCACCACCGCUAUCUUGUGAAAGAUGUUUUUGACGGACACGCUAGUCCUUACCUCCAUCGCGGCAUAGAUCGCAUUUUCGUUCCUCAUUAUCAUAAGAAGCGCAGGCAUCGAAAUCGCCACCGUGAUCGCAGCAGUUGUGGCGACUCUCGCGACUCUAGCGAUUGCUUCGGUGAGCAAGAUCCCAAUGUGCGUAAGCUAUUCGGUAAGGACCCAUACGAUCCAGAGCUUCCAGUUCCAACUGAA